CUGCAAAAAGUUCUCUUAAAUUGAUGGGGAAAUAUCACUAUUCCCAUCUAGAAAUAUAGAAUUUGAGAUCGGUAGACAGCAAUUAAACCCCCAACCGCUGAUUACCGAAAAAUACCCAUAUCGCUAAUCAAAUUGCGCCCGCGGACGUCACGAUCCAACAGAUUUAGAUGGGCGGUUUUGAUUGGGUGAGCCACCUACUGCUGCCUACUCAUUCAUGUUCCAUACCAAGAUAAGCCACACAGCCUCUGUGGAUGUCUGGUGAUUUCCCUCUUCUCCAGCUCUGGACACAACUCCAUAACCCAUGGAAGCUCUCGGUUUCACCGCAUCAUUUACCCCUUCCCUUCCCAAUUCAAUCAACAGUUCCCGCCUCUCCCAUUUCAGAUUCUGCUCUCAACCCAUUUCUCCCCUUCAUCCCAUCCAUGGAGACGCGUCGAAAAGGUCAAAACUUGUCUUCACUACCUUAUCCUCAGCAUCGUCGUCAUCCACGGCUUCAACAACAACAGACCCGAUUCUGGACUCACCCGUGAAUGAAACAGAGGGCGAAGGGGAGAAGUUCGAUUGGUUUGCACAGUGGUACCCUGUAAUGCCGGUUUGCGAUCUGGACAAGAGAAUCCCACAUGGGAAAACGGUGAUGGGUCUCAAUGUGGUCGCGUGGUGGGAUCGGAACCAGAAUGAUUGGAAGGUGUUCGAUGAUACUUGCCCCCACCGAUUGGCUCCGCUCUCCGAAGGAAGGAUUGAUCAGUCCGGGAGGUUGCAAUGCGUUUAUCAUGGGUGGUGUUUCGAUGGCUCUGGCGAUUGUAAACUCAUCCCUCAGGCUCCGAUCGAAGGUCCUCCGGUACACACAAACAAGAGAGCUUGUGUAGCAGCAUAUCCAAGUACAGUGCAACAUGGUAUCUUGUGGUUUUGGGCGAGUAGUGAUCCCAAAUACAGAGAUAUUCUAUCAGUUAAAAAACCGCCUUACAUUCCAGAGCUAGAUGAUCCUUCAUACACUAAACCAAUGGCAUGUAGAGAGUUCCCUUUCGGAUACGAGAUCUUGACCGAGAAUCUGGUCGACCCUUCUCAUGUUCCAUAUGCACACUAUAAUCUACUCCCGAAUCCAACACCAAAAGAUAAAAGGGUUGAUAGAGAAGGAGGCACCCCAGUAAAUAUGCGAAUACGAAAUUUUGAUAUUAAUGGAUUUGAUACUGCUAGAUUUGGAGGGGCUAGCCAGUUCAUUGCACCUUGUGUAUACUAUUCUUCUGUAAGUGUGUCAGCUCUACGAGAACUUGCUAAAAAAGAAGGCGAUGGAUCAGCAUCUGCUCCUAGUAAAGUUAAGGAUUCAUCAUCUCAAGCACCAGAGAAGAAAGUGCUCCUUGUUUUCUUUUGUAUUCCAGUUGGUCCCGGCAAGAGCAGAUUAAUAUUCACAUUUCCAAGAAACUUUGCAGUUUGGGCAGAUAAAUUGGUUCCGAGAUGGAUUCUUCAUGUGAGGCAAAAUCUUGUUCUUGAUUCUGACUUGUAUCUUCUUCAUCUCGAGGAGAGGAAGAUAUUGGAAGCUGGCCUUUCCAACUGGAGUAAAGCUUGUUUCAUGCCAACAACAGCCGAUUCCCAGGUAGUUGCUUUCAGGAGAUGGCUGAGAAAUUAUUCUGGCGGGCAUGUUAAUUGGGGAACCAAGUUUAGUGGCGUACUUCCUCCUACUCCUCCCAAAGAGCAGUUGAUGGACAGGUACUGGUCCCAUGUUGUUAACUGCACAAGCUGCAAUCGUGCAUAUCAAGUUCUGCAAGCCGUCGAGAUAGCGUUGCAGAUCAUUGCAGUUGGUUCCAUUGCAAUUGCUGCUGCUAUGAAGCAAUCGGUAACUGUGAGAAGUGCACUUGCUGUGGCUGCAGUGCUCUGCUUUGCAGCUUCAAAAUGGUUGGCUCACUUCAUUUAUAAGACCUUCCAUUUUCAUGACUACAAACAUGCCCUUGUUUAGAAAGCAGUAUUAUUACUCUUGAAAAUGGAACACCACAAAUUGUAAGCGAAUAUACACAGGACUAUAUUGUGCACAACGUGCUAACCUGAAAGCAACAUUGAUAUAUGUCGGUGAUGUGUGUCAAGAGACAUUGCCACAUAAACGCUAUGUAACUAAUUUUGUUGGAAUUUGGAAAUCCUUAGAGAAUGGUGGAUAGAUUCUGUUGCUACUCACCAUGUUUGUGUCUUCCUAUACUUUGGCUGAACCGGACGAAAAGUUUAUGAGGAACUCUUUAAGAGCCUAAGGCAGGGGAAGUGAGAAGAUUGUCUUGACGAUCACAUUGGGCAAAGGCGUGACCCUGAACUACAUGGUCCAUGUUUCUGAAAUCCGCAAAAGAUUGGUCUCGCUAUCAUUUUUGGGCAAGAAUAGGUUUAAGAUUGUUUUUGUUUGUGAUAAGGUUGUCAUUAUUAGUAAAAGUAAAGAGUGAUA